CUUCCGGUUGAAAUUGAUGAUUGUGGUGUAUUUUGGUUGUGACAGUUUUGGCCGAAGAAGAAAUCGGUUUAAUAUUCAGUCAUGAAAUUGAAUAUAGAUGGACUGCUGGUCUACUUCCCGUAUGACUACAUCUACCCAGAACAGUACUCAUACAUGCUGGAACUGAAACGAUCUCUGGAUGCUAAGGGCCACUGUGUACUGGAGAUGCCAUGUGGAACUGGCAAGACGGUGUCAUUGCUGUCACUCAUUAUUGCUUAUCAAAAGACAUAUCCCCUCGAUGUCACCAAGCUGAUCUAUUGCUCCAGGACAGUCCCCGAGUUGGAGAAGGUUGUAGAGGAACUGAAGACACUUAUAGAAUACUAUGAGAAGGAAACGGGAGAGCCAAAUGACUUAGUAGGCCUAGCGCUGAGCUCUAGAAAGAAUCUGUGCAUUCAUCCAGAGGUCAGUCAAGAGAGGGAAGGAAAGACGGUAGAUGGAAGAUGUGCCAGACUCACUGCCUCCUUCAUCAGGAACAGAGCCAAGCAUGACAUGUCUAUUCCUGUUUGCUCAUUUUAUGAGGAGUUUGAAAACCAAGGCCGAGAGGCCCCCCUGCCUCCAGGAGUGUAUAAUUUGGAUGAUCUCAGGGAAUAUGGCAAGGAAAAACACUGGUGUCCAUAUUUUUUGGCAAGACAUGGGAUUAACCAUGCAAAUGUUGUCGUGUACAGCUAUUAUUAUCUUCUGGAUCCUAAAAUUGCCGAGUUGGUCUCCAAGGAGAUUUCUAGGAAUACAGUGGUUGUGUUUGAUGAGGCUCAUAAUAUAGAUAAUGUGUGUAUUGAAUCUAUGAGUGUGAACCUUUCUAAAAGAACAUUAGAUAAAUGUCAAACAAAUGUGGAACAGCUGACAAGACAAAUUCAGCAAAUUAAAGACUCAGAUGCCCAAAGAUUGAGAGGAGAAUACCAGAGACUUGUUGAUGGUUUGCGUGACGCCAGUGUUGCCAGGGAAACAGACAUGAUCCUGUCGAACCCAGUACUUCCAGAUGAAGUUCUUCAAGAGGCUGUCCCAGGCAAUAUAAGAAAUGCAGAACAUUUUGUGAGCUUUUUAAAAAGGUUUGUGGAGUACCUGAAAACCAGACUAAGAGUACAGCAUGUUGUGUCAGAGAGUCCGCCAUCUUUUCUACGAGACUGCUCUCAGAAAGUCUGCAUUGAAAGAAAGCCUCUUAGGUUUUGUUCAGAGAGAUUGGGAUCGUUGCUAAGAACACUUGAACUUGCAGACACCACUGACUACUCUUCUCUCAUCCUCAUGGCAAACUUUGCAACCCUCGUGAGCACAUAUGCCAAAGGGUUUGUAAUCAUAAUUGAACCGUUUGAUGACCGCACGCCGACCAUCUCUAAUCCCCUCCUGAAGUUUAGCUGCAUGGACGCUUCUGUGGCCAUAAAACCAGUCUUUGACCGCUUUCAAUCUGUAGUCAUAACAUCUGGGACAUUGUCUCCAUUGGACAUGUAUCCAAAGAUACUGGAUUUCCGUCCUGUAACCAUGGCAACUCUUACAUCAACACUUGCCCGAGCCUCAGUGUGUCCAAUGGUGGUAACUCGAGGGAAUGAUCAAGUAGCAAUCAGCUCCAAGUUUGAAACAAGAGAAGAUAUAGCUGUGAUACGUAAUUAUGGCAACCUCUUAGUUGAACUUUCCACAGUGGUACCAGAUGGUAUAGUGUGUUUCUUCACCAGUUAUGUAUAUAUGGAAAACACAGUUGCUGCAUGGUAUGAGCAGGGAAUUAUAGACAACAUCCAGAAGCACAAAUUACUUUUCAUAGAGACUCAAGAUGCGGCUGAAACCAGUUUAGCACUGCUCAAUUAUCAGAAGGCUUGUGAAAAUGGCCGAGGAGCGGUAUUACUGUCCGUCGCCAGGGGUAAGGUAUCCGAGGGAAUAGAUUUUGAUCACCAUUAUGGGCGGUGUGUUAUAAUGUUUGGGGUUCCUUAUGUCUAUACACAGAGCAGAAUACUUAAGGCUCGUCUGGAAUAUCUGCGUGAGCAGUUCCAGAUACGUGAGAACGACUUCCUAACCUUCGAUGCAAUGCGCCAUGCAGCUCAGUGCGUAGGCAGGGCUUUGAGGGGGAAGACAGAUUAUGGAAUCAUGAUUUUUGCUGACAAGAGAUUUGCCCGAGCAGACAAGAAAGGGAAGCUGCCCAAGUGGAUUCAGGAGUACAUGAAGGACAGUGUAUGCAAUCUGUCCACAGAUGAGGCAGUGCAGGUGGCCAAGAGGUUCCUCAGGCAGAUGGCACAACCCUUCACCAGGGAGGAUCAGUUGGGGCUGUCACUUCUGACCAUGGAGCAACUUCAGUCAGAAGACACUCUGAAGAAGUUGGAACAAAAGUCACAGAUGGUGGAAUUCUAAGCCAGACUUCUCUUCAAGCCAU